AAGGUUGCAACUGCGCGACCUUGAGACUGGAGUUCCUUACACUUCAGUCCUCAACAGAAAUUGCUGAUGGAUGAAUUAUCUACGUUAAACCUAACGGGAAAAAUUAUCAGAUUUUACAACUGUUAUCUAGUUAGAGAAGAGCACUUGGUAAAAGAUGAUUUGUGGAUUCGAGAUGGGAUAAUUCUUGACGGACUAACUAUAUUCUUUUCUGAAAAGGCAAUGCCAGAUAUUCUCAUCGAUGUUGGCGGAGGUAUUAUUUCUCCCGGUCUUAUAGAUGUACAAGUUAAUGGUGCUUAUGGGUAUGAUUUCUCAAAUCCAGAUCAGGACAUAGAAAAUGCUUGUAAUCAGGUUGCGGAGAGACUCCCACAAACAGGAGUCACAGCUUUUUGUCCAACAAUCAUUACGUCCUGUCAAGAAUUGUAUCCAAAACUUAUAUCAGGAUAUCAGAAAUAUGUAAACAAACCCAACUGUUCAAAAGUGCUUGGGAUUCAUCUUGAGGGUCCAUUUAUUAGCACAGAUUGCGCUGGAAUGCACCAAACAGACUACAUAAAGGGAUUCGGUACUAAUCCUAUAAAGGUAAUUUUCAGCCUUCUCAGUCUUACAGUGUCAGACCAUUUCAGAGAUUUACGGUCCCAAUCUUGAUAGAGUUAAGAUGAUUACGAUUGCGCCAGAAUUAGAAGGUGCUUCAACAGCUGCAGCAUACUUAUCUUCACUAGGUAUCGUAGUGUCUAUUGGUCAUACCAACUCCGACUACGAGUCAGCAGAAUCUGUUUUAUCCUCAGGAGCAACUUUCGUUACUCAUCUGUUCAAUGCUAUGCCAUCUUUCCAUCAUCGUAAAGCCCAUAUCUUCGGUUUAUUUGCUGGCACUAAGACACUGCUCCAUAUUGGGCUAAUUGCUGACUUGGUGCAUUCACACCCAGCUGCUCUACGUUUAGCAGACGCAAUUUCACCCGGUCAUGUGACCCUUGUCACUGAUUGUAACACCGCAUUCGGCCUUCCAGAUGGCUCGUAUACAUUCGGUGAACAAAAUAUCCAAGUAGAAGCUGGCAAGGCAUACAUUGCUGGUACAAACUGUCUGGCUGGAGGUACUACGCCAUUGUUAACAUGUGUCAGAAACUUCUGGCUAGAAGUCACUCGUGAAAAACUCAACGCCGAACCCAAUGUUCCUAAGGAGUGGGCUGGACUUGGAUACGCACUAGCAGCGGCUAGCACAAGACCAGCAAGUGUUCUUUGCCUUCUAUCUUCAAAUGCAUCAAACUCAAUACAUAAAUCGAGUUCGGAAUCCGUUUUGCCCUUGGGAACACUAAACUCUGGCUCUUCUGCAGACUUUAUAAUUAUACACCCAGUAUUAACUGAAACAAGUCCAAAGCCUCAAAUUAAACUGUUAUGCACUUGGAUAAAUGGAAAACCUGUCUACUUCUGCUCAGAUCAUCAUGUUUAUAUCAAUAUAAGAUCCUCGACGUAGUACUUUCUAAUAUAGUUUAUUGUAUUUUCUUCCCAAGUGAUUGUUUACUGAACCAUUUGAUCUUGACUAUUCGAAAAUACUUUUACAAAAUAUAAAAUAGUUUUUAAA